GGCUGGGUAACAUUGGAGGAAGAAAAGGCCAUACCUUUCGGCUUCCUAGCUAUACUGAACAACCUUUUGAUUUGAUUUGUCUACUGAACACUUGCCAAUUAGAACACAUUUACUUCUGUAUGCUUUCCCUUUUGUCUAGAAACGGUUCUAAAUUUCUAAUGAAUUUCUAUAGAUGCUACAUCCACAAAAUGAGCAGCAAUGGAUUGAAUUCCUGAAUUCGUAUAGCCUCAUCUCCAGCACGAGUUAAAAUUUGGGUUUGAAACCCAGGUGGACUGUUGAAUAGUCCAAGUCUGAAUUUCUACUGGAGUCUUGCUAGAUGAUAUCAGGAACAAGGUAACUUCUACUGUGUGAUUUGCUGAUUGGCACCAGUCUAAAAGAUCAUCUUACAUAAGGUUACUGGAUUGGUGACUGGAUGUUGAUCUUAACAUGUAAGGAUCUGUAAAAUGAAUGCCAAGACAUUUCAACUGUUUAUGUAGGUUAGGCUACUACAAAUAAAGUAUAUUUCUUUUAUCUUCCUGUUACUUUACUUUUUACUGCAAUUUAAUCUUAACAUGUUCUGUCAUUUGUUGGCACUAGGUUAUUUAAAGUUUGUUAGACCCAUCUGUUGGCACUGAAUCUUCAUAGAUCUUUCAUGGUGCAGACAUUCUUUCAAUGCCAAAGUUAUAUUUCAAGAUUUGCUUGCUCUGUGCUGUCGGUAGCUCUGUUUUACUUAGGAACAGAAUGAGACUCAGUGCCAACGUGGAAAAUAGGAAUAUAUUUCGAGGUCAAAUCGGAAGUAAAAAGUCAAAGUAUGAAGGAGUUGCAGUGGACCUCUGGUCGAUGGAGUUAAGCAGCGGAGGAAAAACGCCUUUGAACCCAUUCUCAGCCCACGACGCUUGCUCAAGUGAAUUGAUAUGUGGGGUCGAUGAACUUUGAAAGAGGAAGGCAACAAGUGCCGAUAGCGCAAUAGCAUUUAUUUUUAGUAAUUUGAUCUUGAUGUGAUUUUUUAGACAAGAAUCUUGCAGACAGACAUUUGUUUGUGUCAAGCGUGUAUAUCAAGUGUAAUAUUUGUUGGUAGAUGGCGUUUGGUGGUACGGUUAAGAAUUCAAACGUCACCUGUGUCUGAUUUCAAUCUCAUUGAUUUUAUUUAGUCAUUUACAGUUCAGUGGUACACCGUACACAAGUCAAGGUUGCUUCAAUCUUUAAAUUAAAUUCCUUAAGCUUGAUUCUUAUUUAAGUUUGUCAUCAAUAAUUUACGAUUAAUGUAGUUUAGCGCCAGAUGGCCACAAUCCAGUCAUGCGGAUUGUGGACUUGUGUCGUCUGCUCCGCUGCCUCGUGUAAAACCUAAAACACCUGUCUGAAAACGUUUGGUCGACUAGGAGUGUUAAUGUUUGGUCCUCUUUGGAUGAGUUUUGGUUAAAUAUUUUACAUUGAGAAAAGAUUCAUAUUUUCCCAUUGAUGUCCCACGGACGAUACCGACAAAAACAAUUGGAGUGACAAUCUGUUUAUUUUGGCGAAUUCUGGUUCAUUCAAUGUGUGGUCAUUUGUCGAAACAAAAUCAAUCGUCAUUCCGUAGCAGACUGACAAUUUUCUCGUGAAACAGAUUGUUCAUUUUGUGUACAGGAAAUGAAGCGUACUGAGGUGAAUGUUGAGUUGCGGAAAUCCAAGAAGGAAGACCACCUGCCGAAGCGACGCAAUCUUGAAAUCGAUGACCAGCCCCUCAGCCAUCUUAAAACAACAAAUCUUGUGGCUGCAGCCAACAUAAGCAUUGAGGACAUAGUUAAUGGUAUCAACAGUGGUGAUGAAAACAUGGAAUUAACUGCAACCCACGCUGCACGUCAAAUCCUCAGCAGGGAACUGAAUCCACCUAUUGACUUACUCGUCGAUGCCAAUAUCGUUCCUAAGCUGGUAGAAUUCCUCAGUCGUAAUAACUAUGACCUUCAGUGUGAGUCUGUCUGGGCUCUCACCAACAUUGCUUCAGGAACAUCUGAUCAGACCAAAGUUGUCGUCAGUGCUGGGGCUGUCGCUGGAUUGAUAUCUUUGUUGGGAUCAUCUCAUCCAGUUCUGGCCGAGGGAGCUCUCUGGGCUCUCGGUAACAUCGCCGGAGACGGACCAGAGCUUCGAGAUCAUGUCAUCAAGCUAGGCAUUAUUAAGCCUUUGAUCACCUUGAUCAAACCCGACGCUUCAGAUCCAAUCUUGCGUAAAGCCGCUUGGACUUUGUCCAACUUGUGUCGCUACAAGAUUCCUCCACCCAGUGUCCAUGCAGUCCGACAGUUUCUGCCCUCCCUGGCUCAGCUUAUCCACAACAUCGACGACAGAGAUAUUCUCGCCGACACUUGCUGGGCUCUGUCAUACCUCACUGAUGGCCCGAACGUACGCAUUCAAGAAGUUGUCGACGCCGGAGUCGUCCCUCGGCUCGUCGCUUUGCUGGACAGCUAUGAAAUGGCCGUCAUCACCCCCACUCUAAGGGCUAUCGGCAACAUCGUUUCAGGAAGUGAUAUUCAGACCGAUUCCGUCCUGGCUGCUGGUGCCUGCCCGGUGCUGGGCAAGUUGCUUGUUCAAUCCAAUAUGAAGAUCGUCAAGGAGGCUGCCUGGACCGUGUCCAACAUUGCUGCCGGCAAUACUAUCCAGAUCCAAGCUCUCAUCACCAACGGUAUUGUUCAUCUGUUGGUGGACGUGCUGGGCCACGGCGAUUUCGAAUGCCAAAAAGAAGCAGCUUGGGCCAUCAGCAACAUCACCUCGGGUUGCACUGUCGAGCAGAUCGUUUUGUUGCGACAGCUUGGUGUCAUCAUUUCGCUGUGCGCUUUGUUAGAGGCCAAGGAAGAUAGCAAGACUAUCUCAGUCGUGUUGGAUAGUUUGGCUAAUAUUUUGGCGGCAUCCGAGAAAAUGGGCGAACUGGAGGAAGUUUCCCUUAACGUUGAAGAUUGUGGUGGUCUGGACCGCAUCGAAGAUUUGCAGAGCCACGAAAAUAAUGAGAUUUAUCACAAGGCGUUGGCCAUUUUGGAGCAGUAUUUCUCAAAUGACAGGGAUGCAGAUUCCGAGUUGGCGUAAUCUACAUCGCAGAGUGUCCAUUACGAAUUCAACAACCAGCCAUCUCAAAAAGCCCUCGAAAGAGAUUUCUCAUUCUAAAUUUUGUCAUCCAAAAUUAUUUUUUCUGCCUUUUCAAUGGUAAAUAUGUUCUUCACUUCUUUCCACGCUAUCCUCACUAGUUUUGGCCCUUUUUGAAAGAUUUUCAAAAAUUUUUAUAGUUGAAAGUUGCCAUUUGCAAUUUUCAUUUCAUUCCCUGCACGACGUCUUCUUUCCUCUUUCUUAAUGCGCGAAACAAGAGCAAUACAAAACAACUCGGAUCAA